AUGACUGCAGAAGCGCAGCAGGCUCUGUCCUCUCAGCCCCCUCCUCCUCCGGUGCAGAGCAGCUACGGCCCCAUGUCCUCCGUGGCCGAGAAGCAGCCGCAGAGCUCGGCCAUGGACGCCGCCUCCGCGGCGCCCGGCGGGGCGCCCGGCAGCGCUCCGGGCAGCGGCGGCGCUCCGGGCAGCGGCGGUCCCAAGGCGAAGAAGACCAACGCGGGGAUCCGGCGGCCGGAGAAACCGCCUUAUUCCUACAUCGCCCUCAUCGUCAUGGCCAUCCAGAGCUCACCCUCCAAACGCCUGACCCUCAGCGAGAUCUACCAGUUCUUGCAGAGCCGCUUUCCCUUCUUCCGAGGCUCCUACCAGGGCUGGAAAAACUCGGUGCGCCACAACCUCUCGCUCAACGAGUGCUUCAUCAAGCUGCCCAAGGGGCUGGGACGCCCGGGCAAGGGCCACUACUGGACCAUCGACCCGGCCAGCGAGUUCAUGUUCGAGGAGGGCUCCUUUCGGCGCCGACCCCGCGGUUUCAGGAGGAAAUGCCAGGCGCUGAAGCCCAUGUACAGCAUGAUGAACGGGCUCAGCUUCAACCACCUCCCCGAGAGCUACGGCUUCCAGGGCUCGGCCGGCGGGCUCUCCUGCCCCCCCAACAGCCUCUCCCUCGAAGGGGGCUUGGGGAUGAUGAACGGGCAUUUGUCCAGCAACGUGGAGGGGAUGGGCCUCGCGGGACACUCCGUGCCCCACCUGCCCGCCAACGGCGGGCACUCCUACAUGGGCAGCUGUACCGGCUCCUCGGCGGGGGACUACCCGCACCACGAAAGCUCCGUGCCCGCCUCCCCGCUGCUCGCCGGCGGCGGCGUGAUGGAGCCCCACUCGGUUUACUCCAGCUCGGCCUCGGCGUGGGCGCCCUCCGCCUCGGCGGCCCUGAACACCGGCGCGUCCUACAUCAAGCAGCAGCCCCUCUCGCCCUGCAACCCCACGGCCAACCCGCUCUCCUCCAGCCUUUCCACGCACUCCCUCGACCAGUCCUACCUGCACCAGAACAGCCACAACACCGCCGAGCUGCAAGGCAUCCCGCGGUAUCACUCCCAGUCUCCGAGCAUGUGCGACAGAAAGGAAUUCGUCUUCUCUUUCAACGCCAUGGCCUCCUCCUCCAUGCAUUCAGCGGGCAGCGGCUCCUAUUACCACCAACAAGUGACAUACCAGGACAUCAAGCCGUGCGUUAUGUGA